AUGUUCAACGUCGGUAUCCCCGUCCUGCCGGCUCGCCCUCGAUAUUUUCACCCUCUGUUCGCGCUUCCAGUUUCAUCGAUGGCGACGACUUGCUUCUCCCCUCUCUCCAGGGCUUCUCCCCUUUCCGUGAUCGUCCUCCUUCUCCUCCUCUGCUCCUUCACUACCUCUUCGGAUGUUCUCUAUUCCGAACAUUGCUCAUCCGUUGUCUCGGAAUCCGCCGUCUCCGACGACGCUUUGGAUCCCUCCGCCUCCGCGCACUUCCAGCUCUCCUCGGGCGUAGUUUUCGGCGCAGACGCCCUCCUCGGUGGGAAUUCCUCUGUGCUCCCUGCGUACUUCUUCUUCCGCCUCCGGUCCCUCCUUCCCACCCAGACCCUCGGCGUCGUCCAGAUCGCUGCCACUCUCAUUCUCCGCUCGGGAGGCAGCUCAGUCCCCGUCCGUGGAAGGCAUGUUCUCGGAAGCUCUGAUGUCCACUUCCACCAGGUCCGACCUCGGCUCCCGCGGACCUUCUUCCAGCGCGGGAUGGUAAGCCUCGAUCUCACCGGCGUUUGGUCCGAGGCCUCCGGUAAGCUUUGUAUGGUAGGGAAUGGUCGCGGAAGGUCGUUAGAAGGUAACAAUCUUCAAGUUUCUGCUCUCUUGAAGCUCGAUUAUCCCAAAGUUGUGAACAUUACUUCGAGCUUGAUCAAGGGCAGUUUGCAGAGUCUAGAUGCUUCUGGUAGUUUGAAUCAUUUCGAUCAAGUUUCGGUUUUGGCAUAUGCUCCUGAGAAAUAUGAGUACACACAGAUCUCUCACGCAAAGAAUUCUUGCAAUCGAGUGAACGAUGAGUCUCUAGGGCUUCAAUCUCACUCUUUAUGCUACUAUCUGAGGAGCCUGUCGAGGGUGCGGUUUGAGUUGGAUUAUGAAAAGAAUUGUUCCACAAGCUCGUGCGGUCCUUUUGCUCCGGGUUCAAGAUUUACUCCACACACCAUGUCUUUCCAUCAAACGCAAUGCUCUGAUGAUGGAUUGGUACAUGCCUAUGUUGGUUUCUCAAAUUACGAUGGCUUCUCUUUGGGUACUAGCUUGAUCCCAGGGAAGGUGCUAGUUAGUGAGGGGUUUUGGGAUCCUGUAAAACACCAGCUUUGCCUUGUUGCUUGCCGUAUACAGAACUCUGGACAUUUGUUGGAGGACUCUACUGUUGAUGCUUGCACAAUUAGGAUUUGCUUGUGGUUCCCUGCUGUAUGGUCAAUUGAGAAUCGCAGUAUUUCUGUCGGGCAGAUAUGGAGCAACAACAAUGAGAAAAUUUCAGGAUAUUUUGACCCAGUUUCAUUCUGGAGCAUUGACAAUUAUAUGGGUUCUCUCCCUGGUUUGAAUUACAAUUACACUAGAUUGGAACUUGCAAGGAAGUCUUGUGUAAGUGACAGCUCCAAAAGUGCUCGUAAAAAGAAGUAUCCUGAUGGAAAAUCUUUUCGUGAUUUUAGAUUUGAUGCAUCUGCUAGAAAUUCUCAGGGAAACUCAACCUGGUGCUACUUUAACCCAGUUUCAAUAGGACAGACAAUCUAUGGUAACAUGUUUGUGCAAAACGAAGAAUCGUUACCUGUCUCAGUUAAUGUUGAAAGUUAUAGUCUCCAAAACAUAAGCUAUGAGAUACAGUUAAUGUUAUCAAAUUCAUCUUUCAGUAUGAAUAAAGCAGAAAAAAUCUCAGCAGAAGGAAUAUACAAUGCUCACACUGGAUUGCUUUGCUUGGUUGGUUGUCGUGUUGUUGCUCCCUUAGCUGCUAAGCAGCAAAUGAAAAGACAUGAAACAAUGGACUGUGAAAUUAUUAUUAACAUCCAACUUGCUCCUUUGAAUCGCAGAGAAGGGGAUAAGAUCCAUGGCACAAUUAGGAGCACACGAGACAAUAAGGACCCACUCUUCAUUGAACCACUUGACAUUACUUCUUCAACUAUCUACAUAGAGCAGGCCACUCAGUCGAUAUGGAGGAUGGAUGUAGAACUUAUCAUGGUUAUGGUUUCUCUCACAUCAUCAUGUAUUUUUGUUGGGCUGCAGCUGUUUCAUGUGAAGAAGAAACCAGAAGUGCUUCCAUCUAUAUCGAUUAUUAUGCUUGUCAUUCUCACUUUGGGGUAUAUGAUUCCUUUGGUGCUGAACUUUCAGGCUUUGUUUAGACCAAGUUCCAAUCAGAAUGUUUUCUUAUGGAGUGGUGGAUGGCUUGAGGUAAAUGAGGUGAUAGUAAGGGUAGUAACGAUGAUUGCUUUCUUAUUGCAGUUUCGGUUUCUCCAACUUUCAUGGACAGCAAGAUCAAGCAAUGAGGGAACAAGUGGCCUAUGGCUAGCAGAGAAGAAUACUAUCAAAACGUGCUUGCCUUUGUAUUUGGUUGGAGGAUUAAUUGCCUGGUUGGUCCACACCAUCUAUAGCCAAUCUCGUGUCAGGAGAAGACCUCUUUAUGCUAACCAGCUCCAAGAUUCUCUUUGGGGUAGUUUAAUAUCCUAUGCUAGCUUGAUACUUGAUGGCUUUUUGCUUCCUCAAGUUAUUUUCAACGUAUUCUCCGGCUCCAAAGAAAAGGCUCUUGCCCCUUCCUUCUAUGUUGGAAACACUGUUGUCCGAGGACUGCCUCAUGCUUACGAUGCGUAUAGGAGUCGCUAUUAUGUUCCUCCUUUGAACUCAUCCUACAUAUAUGCAAGCCCAUAUGAAGGUUUUUAUUCAAUGGCAUGGGAUAUCAUUGUUCCCUGCGGAGGAAUCCUUCUAGCAUUGCUAGUAUUCCUUCAACAGAGAUAUGGGGGUUGUUUCAUCUCUCCUUCUAAAAAUAUAGAGCCAAGAACGUACGAGUUAGUUCCUGUAGUGGUCUCUUAG